GAAGCGAUCGAAGCUGAUAAGGCCCCAGCGCGCGCAGGGGCUAUCCUUUUCGGUCUGGGAUUUACUGCUGAAAUGCAAGAUCAGCCAACAAGGGUGUUUUCUGGUGGUUGGAGGAUGCGUUUAGCUUUGGCUCGAGCGCUCUUCGCAAAGCCUGAUUUGCUGCUUUUGGAUGAACCUACAAACAUGUUAGACAUGAAAGCUAUACUAUGGCUGGAAGAUUAUCUUCAGACAUGGGCGUCCACGCUUUUAUUCGUUUCCCACGACCGGAGUUUUCUUGACAACGUUGCCACUGACAUCAUGCAUUUACAUUCCAGACGGUUGGAAUACUAUAAGGGAGAUUAUUCUGUUUUUCUGAAAACAAAGGAUGAAAAGUUAAAAAAUCAACAAAAGGAAUAUGAAUCACAGAAGCUUUUCAUCGAACAUAGCAUGGAAUUUGUAAAUAAAUUCCGAUACAAUGCCAAAAGGGCAUCUUUGGUGCAGAGCAAACUUAAGAUGCUGGAAAAGCUUCCCAAACUGAACCCCGUGGAAAUGGAGCCAGAUGUACAUUUAAGAUUUCCCGAAGUAGAACCAUUGAGUGGUUGUGGUCUGCGAUUAGACGAAGUCAGUUUUUGGUAUGACCAGGCCCAUCCCAUAUUCAGGAAUGUGGAUAUCUCAACAAACGCUGACAGUCGAGUUGUGAUUGUUGGUGAUAACGGAGCCGGAAAAUCCACGUUGUUGAAAAUUCUUCUUGGUGAUCUUGAACCUAAGAAAGGUUUUCGUAGCGCCCAUCGUCAUUUGAAGAUCGGAUAUUUCGCUCAACACCACGUGGAUAUGUUGGAUUUGGAUAUGACAGCAGUUCAGUUGAUGCAGAAAAGGUAUCCUGGCCAGCCAAUAGAAGAAUAUCGAAAAUGUCUCGGGCGAUUCGAAGUCAGCGGUGAUAUGGCCGUUUUACAACCACUGCAAACGUUUUCUGGUGGACAGAAAUGCCGGGUAGCCUUUGCUGUUAUGGCGUUCAACAAACCGAAUUUUCUAAUUCUGGACGAACCUACAAAUCAUUUGGACAUCCAGACGGUAGAGGCCCUUGCGAGAGCCUUGACGCAGUUUGAGGGUGGCGUUAUUCUGGUUUCCCACGAUCAGCACCUCAUUAACAUGGUUUGCAAAGAAAUGUGGCUGGUCACAAAUCAAACCAUCAAGAUUCUGCCCAACGGAUUUCCGGAAUACAAGAAGAUUAUUCAAACAGAACUUGGUCAAAGAACUGCUUGAUUUGAAUUUCCGGUUUUAUAGAGACUUUCUGUUAUACAACAAAAUUUUCAUAAUGGCAAUAAAAGAUCCUCAA